UGGGUGUGUGGGUGUGUGUGUGUAGGGGCAGAAGAAGCAGGUUCCUCAAGAUGCUGCGAGGGCCCAGGCCAAGUCGAGACAAGAACUGGUGCUAGCGCGCAGCACAAUCUCGGCUGCGGCAGGGAGGGGGCGGGGAACAGGGACCCUUACCCUCCACUCCCUCCCUCGAGCUCCCGCUCCCGCUCUGUGCCCGAACCCAACGCUAGCCAGCUACCUAAGUGGAUCCGAGUCCUUUCCCUACGGUAAGCUUGGGGUGGGGGCGGGGAGCUGUCAGCCACGUGCCUGCUUCGGAGCUGAAAGCUGCGAGGGGACGAAGGCCGAGGAGGCAUGGCUCGAGGACUGCGGAAGAUUCACCCAGCUAGUACUUUCAUGUGCCCUGUCUUACUUGGAUCUUUAAAAAACCUGGUGAAGAAUGACCUCCAUUUCUAAAUGACAUUGAAACAGGAGAGACUACAACGUGUACACCUAGUGCUUCUUACAUUUAGUAAUAAUAUAAAAUAGUGGAGAGGGAGGAGAGAAGACUCGAGACUCAGAGACCCUUCCCAUCUUGGCAUGAAGACCCUAGUUGAGGCCCAGGGCUGGGGGCUGGCCUGCAUACAAGACUUAUAUUCAGUUUUGUGUGCUGUCUACAGUGUUGUCUUCUGUCCUUUCACUUGGACCCAGCGUCAUCCUCUUCCCUCCUUGCUCCCUGGACUUAGGCAUCGCUUUGAUCAAGGCGCCCUCGAUGGGAGUCUGAGUCCUUCUUGAGAGCGCCCCCCUGAGAAGUCUCCUGGUGGGAAGGGCAAUGAGCCGAUCUGGCACCCGUCUUUCGAAGCAUAACUGAAGAGUGCUGUCUCGACCCUCAAACUCCUGCUUGCCUGCCCCAAAGCGGCCAAGGGGGCUGGGAAACAUGGCCCUGUGCGGUAGGCAGGAGAGGGGGUGCCCUGAGCUUUCUCCCCCCUCUUAAGGAAUAAGGUGGCGAGGAAACUGAAUGUUAGCAUGUAAGUUGGCUUUGUAUUGAGGGAGUGCAGUUCUAAAGGGGAGGAUUGAAAUCUUGAAAUAAAAAGCCAAUAAACAAGUUUCCUUAGUACAAUUGCUAUUAAUGGAAAAGGCAUCUAACCUGCUGAAUUAAAUCGUUCAAAGGCGCUUUUUCAUCAUCAGGAGCUACUCUACAAGGAAGGAAAAGAAAAUAUGAAAACAAAAACCCAAAUCGAGAAGCCUCCUUAACCGGCCCCCGCAGUGUCUUGGCGGCCCCUACCCGACCGGGGAGCGCUCCGCCCACCCAACCCCUAGCGCAGAAGAGGCUGAAACAGCCAAAGAGAAAAGAAAACAGAAUAAAAACAAAACGUUUAAAAUCCAAGAGGAAAAGUCGGAGCGGGUCUCAGGAUCUGCUCGGCGGAGGGCUCGGCUCCGUGGUCCACUCUGCUGGAGGCCAGGGCCUGGCCGGAGCCGCGCGGCGGAUGCCUCCGGCCCGCCCGCCCGCUAGGAAAGCGCAGCCUACAGCUCCUCCUCUCCAGGCGCCCAAGGACCCUCAAGGCGCGGGGCUCACACUUGAAGCCUGGGAACGCGCAGACAGGAAACCCACUUCCUCCUAAGCAGUUUCUUGCUAGCCGGCUGAGAGGCGCCAAUUGAAACAGAAUGAUCCUCAUCUACUAAUAUCCAGCGUGGCCACAAAGCGACUGGCCAUUUACGCCGCCACUUUAAACAAAGAUAUUUGGUUAUUCCCGGGAAGCAAGUGCACUUUUGCAUGGCUGAGCUCCGGGUGGAGGCAAGCCUCAGCCCAGCCUCCCGCCAGCGGGGCUGCUCACGCCGGGGGAUUCGCCCCCUCCCGGCCGGCUAGUCCAGCCGGGGUUCAGGCUCAGUCCCACCCGGCAACAGGCGAGCCGGUUCUCACGCCGCUCCCUGCCCGAGGCCUCCCUGAAGCACUGAGUGGGAAAAACAGUGUGACCCCGGGCUGGGGUCCUGGGCUGUGAUGUCCUCGGAAAGUCACCUCCCGUCCCAGACCUCCCCGUGUCUGGACGAUGGGCGAGGGUCGGGGACACCAGGUUUGUUCGAGGUGGAGCAACUUCAGCGAUGUCCCUUCGCAUGAAUUCCCGCAGGUUCUCAGCUCGGGCGGCCAGUGGUGGGUCCUUGCCUUAGCUGGGGGUGGGGGUGGGGAAGCAUAGCCGUGUGGGGGUUGGGGGGCGGGGUGGGCAUGAGGCCGAAGGCCCUGGGCCUCUGAGAAGACCCUGAGCUGGGGGGAAGGGGGUGGCGCGGGGAUCUGGGACAGCCUGUCGGCGGCAGCCGAUCCCCCCCUUGCUCAGCGCCCCCUCCACCCUCUGGGAUUCUCUCUCGGGUAGUGGGGAAAGGGGGCGGGGAGCAGAGGUGUCCUUCUGACGGCGGCAGAAGAGGCAGACAGACUGACAGACAAGCAGACCAACAGUGCGGCCCCGGGGUGCGGCCCCUGACUCCCGAGCUCCUUUGGCGGCGACUGGGGCUCGGCGCCGCGAAGCCAGAUGUGGUCCGGAGGCAGUGGGAAGGCGCGGGGCUGGGAGGCCGCGGCGGGAGGGAGGAGCGGCCCCGGCAGGCUCAGGUGAAACCCCCACCCCGUCCUCGGCCCACUCCCUGUCCCCGCCCCGGGAGCCCCGACCGAAUGGGAAAGUGGUUCACUUUGUAACUCCGCAAGUUGGUUGCAAAGCAGCAUUCACCUUCCUUCCUCCCCAGCAGCCCUCCUCCUCCUCGGCUACUCCCCAUCCCACCUCUUGCCCUCCCCUCUCUCGGUUCCCUCCUCCUUUUCCUCCCCCCUUCCGCACCCCCCCUCCCGCGCGCCAGCGUACCCCACAAAAAUGAGGGUAGGGGGUCCGGGGGAGAAAUGCUUUGGGUCGCGUCUCUGCCUCUCUCUCUCUCUCUCUCUGUCUCUCUCUCCCUCUUUGAGACCUAAAAAUCCUGACAAGUGAAACUUAAAGGUGUUUACCUUGUCAUCAGCAUGUAAGCUAAUUAUCUCGGGCAAGAUGUAGGCUUCUAUUGUCUUGUUGCUUUAGCGCUUACGCCCCGCCUCUGGUGGCUGCCUAAAACCUGGCGCCGGGCUAAAACAAACGCGAGGCAGCCCCCGAGCCUCCACUCAAGCCAAUUAAGGCGGACUCGGUCCACUCGGUUACGUGUACAUCCAACAAGAUCGGCGUUAAGGUAACACCAGAAUAUUUGGCAAAGGGAGAAAAAAAAAAAAAAAGCAGCGAGGCUUCGCCUUCCCCCUCUCCCUUUUUUUUCCUCCUCUUCCUUCCUCCUCCAGCCGCCGCCGAAUCAUGUCGAUGAGUCCAAAGCACACGACUCCGUUCUCAGUGUCUGACAUCUUGAGUCCCCUGGAGGAAAGCUACAAGAAAGUGGGCAUGGAGGGCGGCGGCCUCGGGGCUCCGCUGGCGGCUUACAGGCAGGGCCAGGCGGCACCGCCGGCCGCGGCCAUGCAGCAGCACGCCGUGGGGCACCACGGCGCAGUCACCGCCGCCUACCACAUGACGGCGGCGGGGGUGUCCCAGCUCUCGCACUCCGCCGUGGGGGGCUACUGCAACGGCAACCUGGGCAACAUGAGCGAGCUGCCGCCGUACCAGGACACCAUGCGGAACAGCGCCUCGGGCCCCGGAUGGUACGGCGCCAACCCAGACCCGCGCUUCCCCGCCAUCUCCCGCUUCAUGGGCCCGGCGAGCGGCAUGAACAUGAGCGGCAUGGGCGGCCUGGGCUCUCUGGGGGACGUGAGCAAGAAUAUGGCCCCGCUGCCAAGCGCACCGCGCCGGAAGCGCCGGGUGCUCUUCUCCCAGGCGCAGGUGUAUGAGCUGGAGCGACGCUUCAAGCAACAGAAGUACCUGUCCGCGCCGGAGCGCGAGCACCUGGCCAGCAUGAUCCACCUGACACCCACGCAGGUCAAGAUCUGGUUCCAGAACCACCGCUACAAGAUGAAGCGCCAAGCCAAGGACAAGGCGGCACAGCAGCAACUGCAGCAGGACAGCGGCGGCGGCGGCGGGGGCGCAGGGUGCCAGCAGCAGCAGCAGCAAGCGCAGCAGCAGUCCCCGCGCCGCGUGGCCGUGCCGGUCCUGGUGAAAGACGGCAAACCUUGCCAGGCGGGCGCCCCCGCGCCGGGCGCCGCCAGCCUGCAAGGCCACGCGCAGCAGCAGGCGCAGCAGCAAGCGCAGGCCGCUCAAGCGGCUGCGGCAGCUAUCUCAGUGGGCAGCGGUGGCCCCGGCCUGGGUGCCCACCCCGGCCACCAGCCGGGCAGCGCGGGCCAGUCUCCGGACCUGGCGCACCACGCCGCCAGCCCCGCGGCGCUGCAGGGCCAGGUCUCCAGCCUGCCCCACCUGAACUCCUCGGGCUCGGACUACGGCACCAUGUCCUGCUCCACCUUGCUAUACGGUCGGACCUGGUGAGAGGACGCCGGGCCGGGCCUAGCCCAGCGCUCUGCCUCAUCGCUUCCCACUCCUGCCCGGUCACACACCACCAACCACCCGCUACACCCUGCGCUUCGACUUUUCUUAAGAACCUGUCCCGUUGAGACCAAGGGAAAAAAACACAAAGACCAAACUGCUGGACGUCUUUCUUUUCCUUUUUUUUCCUAAAAUGUGCAGGAUUUUUUUUUUUUAAGAAAAUAAAACAACCAAGCAAAUCCAAUUUUUCUUAGGAGUCUUUAAACAGAGAAGGACAUAACAAGAACCGCUUUGGGGGUGUCUUUGGGGGUGAUUCAAAUGGGUUUCCCAUGCUCGGGUGGAGAGGGCUCUACGCUGACAUGGCUCUGGACGCUUAAGAUUGAAAUCUUCACUCUGGGUACACCGUGCCAGCAAAGUGGACUCCCUUGUAAAUACCGGUAUUUCUUUGAAGGGGCGACAGGGGGGCUGGGGAAAGGAAAAGACAGAACCCGCUUGCCACUGACACAAAGGAAAUGCCCCCUCCUGCCCCCCUGGCCACCCAGGCUCAGCUGAGACGGCCCUGGUUAAAAUUAUGUUUGAUGUGAACUUGUAGUUGUAAAACGCUGUCAAAAGUUGGACUAAACACUUAGUUUUUAGUAAUCUGUACAUUUUGUUGUAAAAAGCAAAAACAAAAAAAAACAGUCCCCAUCCCGGUCCCUAGCCCAUCAUAUUUUUUAUGGGCCAAGACAAAUCUGUGUAUAUUAUUUGGCAGUUUGGUAUUUGCAGCGUCAGUCUUUUUCUGUUGUAACUUAUGUAGAUAUCUGGCUUAAAUAUAGUUCCUGAGAGGCUUCUAAUAAAUUAUACAAAUUAAAA